CGCCCCCACCCAAAUCCCUGGGCAAUCGCGAGCCGAGCCAGCCCGGAUGAAGAGGGGCUCAACGUCCUCACCGUCUCUGAGCAAUGGCUUCGGCCUACCCAGCUUGACCAUCAGCGGCGCUCCGUCGUCCCCACCUGGUAGCUUGGAGCCGACAUCCCGUCGCAGCCCGCACCAGCCUGGGCUGGUGCACAGUCCCAGAGAGAUGCCACGCGCCACAGGAACGGUCCGUGUCUACCUCCCCAACAAGCAACGCACCGUGGUCAAUGUUCGGGAAGGAAUGACGGUCAACGACAGCUUAGACAAGGCACUGAAAGUCCGAGGGUUAUCCCAGAAAUGCUGCGCUGUGUACAGAUUUAUUGAUGGCCACAAGAAGUUGACCGACUGGUCGACGGACAUCACCCCCCUGGUGGGUGAGGAGCUGAUGGUGGAGGUCCUGGACGAGGUGCCCCUCUCCAUGCACAACUUUGUCCGCAAGACUUUUUUAAACCUGGCCUUCUGUGACUUCUGCCUUAAGUUCCUCUUCCACGGCUUCCGCUGCCAGACCUGCGGGCACAAAUUCCACGAGCACUGUAGCAGCAAGGUGCCAACCGUCUGCCUGGAUCUAGGCAAAUAUGGAGCCUACCCUGAGCUCGACGAUGGACCCUCGCUGUCCCCAUUGCCCUCAGCCCCAAUGGACCAACUGUUGACCCCUCAGUCACCUGCAAGGCUUGCACCCCCGGCCUUCACCUUCCCGUGCCCCUGCCCGCCUAUCGAGGGGCAGCUCCAACGACAGCGUUCCACCUCCACCCCCAACGUCCACAUGUCCAGCACCAUCGCUCCAGUCAGCGUGAGUGAUGUCGAGGAUGCACUGAGAUCUCAGGGUGCCAUAGGCAGCAGCAAGCAGUCCCCGAGCCCCCCGCACUCGGCGUCGCCUCACGGCCCUCCAACCCCCCAGCCGAAAUCGCCGGUGACUCCGACCCGCGAGAGGAAGCUGUCGUCGUCGUCGGACGAGCGGAGGAGAGUGGUGAGCAGACAGGCUGGGGGUCGGGUCCUGGGCAGGCAGGAGCCAGAGUAUUACCCGGCCCUGCAGCGCACUCGGCCCUACAGAGACUCCAGCAUCUACUGGGAGAUCCACAGCAGCGAGAUUGCCAUCCUGAAGAGGAUCGGAGCUGGCUCCUUUGGCACCGUCUACAAGGCCAAGUGGCAUGGUGACGUCGCCAUCAAGAUCCUGAAAGUGACCUACCCAACUCCAGAGCAGCUCCAGGCCUUCAAAAAUGAAGUGCUGGUCCUCAGGAAAACGCGGCACGUCAACGUCCUCCUGUUCAUGGGUUUCAUGACCAAGCCUCAGUUGGCCAUCGUGACCCAGUGGUGUGAAAGUAGCAGCCUGUACCGUCACCUGCACGUCCUGGAGACCAAAUUCGACACCUUCCAGCUGAUCGACAUCGCUCGGCAAACUGCGCAAGGCAUGGACUACCUUCACGCAAAGAAUAUCAUCCACAGAGAUCUGAAAUCAAACAAUAUCUUCCUGCACGAGGGGCUGACUGUGAAGAUCGGAGACUUUGGGCUGGCUACGGUGAAAUCCCGGUGGAGCGGCUCCCAGCAGGUGGAGCAGCCGAGUGGCUCCAUUCUGUGGAUGGCACCGGAGGUCAUUCGGAUGCAGGACAAUAAUCCGUACAGUUUCCAGUCGGACGUCUACGCCUAUGGGAUCGUCCUUUAUGAGAUCAUGACUGGCACGCUGCCCUAUUCGCACAUCAACAACCGAGACCAGAUAAUAUUUAUGGUGGGCCGCGGCUAUCUGACCCCCGACCUCAGCAAGGUCUACAGCAACUGCCCAAAGGCUAUGAAGAGGCUCCUUGUGGACUGCAUCAAGGUGAAAAGGGACGAGCGGCCGCUGUUCUUCCAGAUCCUGGCCUCCAUCGAGAUGCUGCAGCAUGCACUGCCGAAGAUCGAGCGCAGUGCCUCAGAGCCCUCGCUGCACCGCGCUGUGCAGACCGACGAUGUCAACCCCUUCGUGCUGACCUCCUCCCGCCUGGUGCCUUCCUGAGAGUCGGCUCGCGCCUCCUCUGCCCACCCGGUGCCCGGGGAGUGGGGGCGGGAUCCCGGGACAAUCCGCUGCAACUCGCCUCCUCUCCCCAUACCACGCUCCCCGACCCUCGCAGGAGGGGCGAGCCUCGGUGCUGCGGGGGGUGGGGGGACGGUGGUAGGGUGACCCUGCCUCCGCUCCCCCGGCCCCAGUUUGGGGUGGAGGGGAGGGCCACAAGCCUCCCUCGUUUUGGGGCAGAGGGCACGCGGGGGACCUUUGUUGCGCACAGACUCACCGGAGCCAUUCCACAGAAGGGCAAGCGUGUGGGGUGGGGUCACCCUCUGGACGCCCACACACGUCUCUAGGCUUGCUCCAGACGUGGGUGUUCUUCCUCGGGAUUGCUUUGGGCAGGGGCGAGGUGGGUGGCUUGU